UUCAACUCGUUAUCUCCAGUGACAAGUGCAGAGCCAAAGCUCAUAACUAAUCAUUUUCUUUCCCACUUUUCUCUGCUGGUCCUCCUGCUGUCAGUUUGCCCAUGCAGAUCUACUGCAAUCCCUUUGUCAAAAGCUGGCCCUUUAACUUCGCCGGCACCAACUGAUGUCUGAUGGCUCCCGUGCACAAUGGAUGCCAUAGGCCACGACACCUCCCCCAUCCUCUGCAGCCCCGUUCCCAUAAACUUCUUCUGCGCAGACUAGGACCGCUACAGUGUGCCCUUUUCGGCUUAUCUCCAGAUUUUCCACUAGUAAAAUAUUGAUUUUCCCAUCGUCAUCAGGAUAACAGGAGUGCUCGCCAAGUUUCCCAACUCCAGAAUGUCAUUACGCAGAGAAGGUCCCAGCUCCAGGAGCGUUGGAGAUGGAAGAUGAAAUGGCAGAGCCCGUUUGUUCAACAUAACGAGCAGGAGGCUCUUACACUAGCGAUGGGAUUGAAAGGUCAGCAUCGCUGGUUGAUCAAUGACAGCCCGAUGAACUGAAAGCAGUGCAGGCCCUUGACAUUGGUGAAGCGUAAUAUUUAAAAUGAUGACACGAUGGAUGGAUUCUGCAGACAUGGCCAAAAUAGUGUAUAUCAUCAAAUCGCACUCUCAUGCAAAGUACUAGUUCUGCUUGUCUGCGUACUCAAACGUGCACACACUGCUUUCGGUGUGAAUCUCAAGGAGCAAGUCCGGUGUCUGUUCUGUCUGGCCGAUCAGACUUAAAUUAUCCUUUCUUUAGAGCUCAGGACGCCUGUCCUCCUGCAAUUGAUCUGCUCAUACUUCCCUGCAGCCAGACUGCACCAGUAUCUGUCGAUGCUGCGUCGUCUGACCAUUCUCCUCCCACACAUGCUCCUGCUGCAUAUGCUCUAGCUAACCGGGGAGAAGAAGAAGCUCGAUGGACGCUGAAGACUGCGUGUCACAUGUCGUUAUUUCUGUUCUGGGCAUAUUAGUCAGUGAUUUCGUCCAUGAGGGGCUCAGCAGUGGCUCGUCCAACUUUUCCCAUCUCACACAUGCUCCGACCUGGAAAGGUGGACUUGUGGUCAGAGGAAACAAUGAGUGUGACAUGUUGUCAAGUCAGUGACAGCGUUGAAGUCAGAUGGGAGUCCUGGAGCUAAAUUGUGGUCUUCGUCUCCAUCCCGCCAUCACUUGUUGUGCAAAGGAAUUGUUUUUAGCUCAAUAAACAGCUCGCUCUGCUAACUUGCCG